AGGGUGGGUUGGUAUGUCUUGCUUUAUAUCAUGACAUCAGAAAACGAGAGCAGAAUAAAAACCAAAUAAUACAUCGGAGGGGUAUCCACCGCAGGGAUAUCGGUCGCAAGGCAACCCACAGCAGGGCGAUACUCCUCCAUCUGCGCCGGAAUAUCCUCCACCACCGCAGCAUCAGAAGAAACACCAGAGCCGUUAUUGGUGUCUAGAAGAAUGGUUGUUAAUCAAAUUAUGGACCAAACGGAGAGCCAAGUCUUAUGACCUUGACAAGUAGCAGCAGACUUGACAAAUAUCAACUAUAUACGGUCAGUUAGCAAUAGCAAAGCUUAGUAUAUACUACAGGAAAACAGGGCAAUAUGUUUUAUUCUUUAUAAAAUAAAAUAUAAUUAAAAGUAAACAUAAUAAAUAUCUGCUAUUAUAUGGCGGAGGUUCAUCGUUUUUGAGAUAAAACCAAAUAAAAAAGAGAGAUAACUACUGCAAAACGCGUUUACUUAAAACACACUCUCAAUGACUUUUCCUUCUCCUUAUCGUUCUGUACACAUCUCUAUAAGUUUAUGGGUCUAGACUUUGCACUGUGAGUCAUCUCCUUUAGUCAACGUCGUUUCUUGUCCUUGACCUACACGUUUCGCAGGAGAUCAGAAACCUAGAAAAGAAACAACAAUGACUCAGUACAAUCAACCUCCCGUUGGUGUUCCUCCUCCUCAAGGUUAUCCACCAGAGGGGUAUCCACCGCAGGGAUAUCCGCCGCAAGGUUACCCACCGCAGGGCUACCCACAGCAAAGCUAUACUCCUCCGUAUGCGCCGCAAUAUCCUCCACCACAGCAGAAUCAGCAGCCGCAUCAACAGAGCAGUACUACUGGGUGUCUACAAGGAUGGAUUUUCACCGUGAGUCAUCUCCUUUUGGUCGUCUCUUGAGCUACACGUUUCAUAGGAGAUCAGAAAUAACAAUGAGUCAGUACAAUCAACCUCCCGUUGGUGUUCCUCCUCCUCAAGGUUACCCGCCUGAGGGAUAUCCAAAGGAGUCUUAUCAGCCGCAAGGUUAUCCUCCUCCUCAGGGAUAUCCGCCGCAAGGCUACCCACAGCAGGGCUAUCCACCACCGCAGGGCUAUCCUCAGCAAGGAUAUCCUCCUCCGUAUGCACCGCAAUAUCCACAGCAGCAUCAGCAGCAGCAACAGCAGAGUAGCCCUGGGUGUCUAGAAGCAUGUUUUGCUGCUCUCUGCUGUUGUUGUCUCUUGGAUUUUUGCUUCUUCUGAUUGGAGUAUCUGCUCAGAGCUGCUGGUUUAAUUGCAAGAGAGUGUUUGGCAACACAAGAACAUUUGUUGAGUAAUGGGCAUUAAAAUGAAUUGCUGGAUACAAUCUCUUGUCUAUAUCCUCUUUCGCAUAUGUUUUAUGUUCUUCUAUUCAUAAAUAAAAUAUUGUUUAUCGACUUUAUAGCUUGGUUUUGGAUUUGAGACUAGUGGGAAUGUAAAUUGGUGUGGAGACACUAUUACUUCGCCUCA